CCCCUCCGAAACCAUCUCCGCUUUUUUCCCACCACUAUAAAUACACUGCACUCGUAUAGCCAGGUUUGCCAAAAUCACCACUCAAAACCCUCUCUCCAACAAAAAACCGCUCAACAAACCCGGUUCAAAAUGACAACUCUCGCAUCUCGUAAAUCGAGCGGACCGGUCAUCCGGUCCGGUUCCCCUUCCCCAUCAUUCAACCGCCGCUUUCCCGCCCAAUCGCCGUCCUCCUUCGCCUCAGCCUCCACCUCCGCCGCCUUCGCCUCGCCGCGCUCCUUCGGGAGACCGGCCUCCCCGACCCGGGUAAACCUCUGCAACUACACGACCCCUUCACUCAGCUUCUCAUUAGACCGGUCCGGUUCAAGGAACCAGACCGUUUCAUUUUCAAGCCGGUCCGAGAAGCCCCCGGUCCGACCGGCUCCUCAGCGGAGGACGUGUAUGUGCUCCCCAACUAACCACCCCGGUUCGUUCCGGUGCAGCUUGCACAAAGCCGCCGCCGCGAGCUCGCGCGCGCCGUCGUGCGGGAGCUCGAGCCGGCUGAUCCUGCGGCGGUCGGCGAUGAAGAAUUCGCUGGUGCGGAUCGGCACGGUGGAGGGGGAAUUGGUGAUGAGAGCGCUGGCGGCGCUGAUCCGCCCCUCCUCCCACAGCCAGCGGCGCCGCGGCGAGUUCCGGCCGCGCCCUAGCCGGCUAUCGGCGAUGUCGAAGGAUUGAUUGUGCGUGAAUUGAAGGUGUGAAUUGCUGGGUGCGGUGGCGGUGGUGGAAGGUUAUUGAACGAGGACGGAUUUUUUUUAGCUCCGGUGACCGAAGACCCAAUUUGAUCGGAGAAGGAGCCUGACGUAUUUUUUUCACUUGGACAGUAUUUGUAUAGCAAUAUUACUUAAUUUAUUAAACAUAAUUUUCAAUCAAAAUUCAGUAAAUACAAUUUUGAAUCGUGACAAAAA